AUGAUGUGCGAGGUGAUGCCCACCAUCUCGGAGGACGGGCGCGGAGGAGGAGGAGGAGGAGGCGGGGGCAGCACGGGCAACCUGGAGUCCCUGAUGGUGAACAUGCUGACGGAGAGGGAGCGGCUGCUGGAGAGCCUGAGGGAGACCCAGGACAGCCUGGGGACGGCACACCUGAGACUGAGAGACCUGGGCCACGAGAAGGAGUCGCUCCAGAGGCAGCUGUCCAUCGCCCUGCCGCAGGAGUUUGCAGUGCUGACCAAAGAGCUGAACCUCUGCCGGGAACAGCUGCUGGAGAGAGAGGAGGAGAUAGCGGAGCUGAAGGCGGAGAGGAACAACACACGACUGCUGCUCGAACAUCUGGAGUGCCUGGUGUCCCGCCACGAGCGCAGCCUGAGGAUGACCGUGGUGAAGAGGCAGGCCCAGUCUCCGGCCGGCGUCUCCAGCGAGGUGGAGGUCCUGAAAGCGCUCAAGUCCCUGUUCGAGCACCACAAAGCUCUGGACGAGAAGGUGAGGGAGAGACUGCGGGUGGCGCUGGAGCGAGUGGCGUCGCUGGAGGAGGAGCUGCAGUCGUCCUCUCAAGAGGUCGUGUCUUUACGGGAACAGAUCAAGCGACGGCAGCAAGGACUGGACAACGGCAAAGAGCGGCUCCCCAACGGACCUUCAUCCAUCUUGGAUGACGCCGACAUCGACAGGCAGCGUGAGGGCGAGAUCGAGCGUCAGAGGUCCGAGCUGGGUCAGCUGAAAGAGAGACUGGCCCUCAUGUGCAGACAGGUCGGGGAGAUCGAGGAGCAGCUGACGUCCGCCAGGAGGGAGCUGGCCCGAUCGGAGGAGGCCAACCAGAAACUACAGAGGGAUGUGAAGGAGGCUCUCUGUCAAAGGGAAGACAUGGAAGAGAGAAUCACCACGUUAGAGCGCAGGUACCUGAGCGCCCAGAGGGAGGCGACGUCUCUCCACGACACAAAAGACAAGUUGGAGAACGAGUUGGCCAGCAAAGAUUCUCUUUACAGACAGAGUGAGGAGAAGAACCGGCAGCUCCAGGAACGUCUGGAUGACGCCAAGCAGAAGCUGCAGCAGACUCUGCAGAGGGCUGAGACGCUGCCCGAGAUCGAGGCCCAGCUCGCCCAGAGAGUGGCGGCACUCAACAAGGCGGAGGAGCGUCAUGGUAACUUUGAGGAGCGACUGCGACAGAUGGAGGCGCAACUGGAGGAGAAGAACCAGGAGCUACAGAGGGCGAGGCAGAGGGAGAGGAUGAACGAUGAACACAACAAGCGCCUCUCCGACACGGUGGACAAGCUGCUGUCUGAGUCCAACGAGAGGCUGCAGCUGCAUCUGAAGGAGAGGAUGGCGGCUCUGGAGGAAAAGAAUGCCCUGUCUGAGGAACUAUCCAACAUGAAGAAACUCCAGGAUGACCUCCUGGCAAACAAGGACCAGCUGAUCGCGGAGCUGGAGCGGAUUCAGCUGGAGUUGGAUCAGCUGAGAGCGAGGCCCGGGGGCUCCUACUCCAGUCGCUCUCUUCCAGGAAGCGCUCUGGAGCUGAGGUAUUCCCAUGGGAGCGGCUCGCUCCCAACGGGCUCGACCACUCACCUGGAUCCAUUCGGCAACGCCUCCGCCGGGGGCGUGGUCAGGCGAAGUCACCGGGCCCGUUGGAGCUCCGCCAGAGAGGACGCUACCAAGUACCCAGACUGGGAGACCGGGGCUCUGCUGGGGACCGGGUUCGAGCCGGGCUUGGACGUGGGCUGCUCCGACGACGAGGACGACGGGGAGCCUCGGUUUGGCUCCGAGCUGCUUUCCCCCAGUGGACAGACGGACGUGCAGACCCUGGCCAUCAUGCUGCAGAAACAGCUGGAGGCCAUCAACAAGGAGAUCAAACUGAUCCAGGAGGAGAAGGAGAACACAGAGUUGCGGGCCGAGGAGAUCGAGAGCCGGGUCAGCGUGGCUCUGGACCCUCCGUCCUCCCUGGGGAGAGACGGCACAGGACGGGGCUUCAUCCCCUCCUCCAUCACAUCCUCCACCCUGGCCUCCCCCUCCCCCCCCAGCUCUGGACACUCCACCCCUCGCCUGCCUCACUCCCCGGCCCGCGAGACGGACAGACAGACAGUGAGUCAUGUAGAGAAAGCACAAAUAUUUCACGCAGACGGGGUCGAACAAGUUCACUUGGUCUUUAAGAGCAGCGGGAUGACCCUCACCCAUCCAGGGGCGAUGCUCGACGACCCCCGGGAGUUUCGCAGUCUCUCUGCAGAUGGCAGCAGCUCCAACAGCAGCCAAGAUUCUCUCCACAAGUUGAGUAAGAAGAAAAGCAUCAAGUCCUCCAUCGGGCGGCUUUUUGGGAAGAAGGAGAAAGGACGGAUGGGCCAACCGGGGCGGGACGGAUCUGCUUCUCUUGCGUCUACACCCUCUGAAGACUCGGCCUCUGGAGACCCAAUGGGGAUAAGCAAGACCGGGACUCUGGGUUCAGAUAAAGACCGCCGCAGCAAGAAGAAGCACGAGCUACUGGAGGAAGCAUGUCGCCAAGGACUUCCCUUUGCAUCCUGGGAUGGACCCACUGUUGUAUCCUGGUUGGAGCUGUGGGUGGGAAUGCCGGCCUGGUACGUCGCUGCCUGUCGCGCCAACGUGAAGAGCGGCGCCAUCAUGGCCAACCUGUCGGACACGGAGAUCCAGAGGGAGAUCGGCAUCAGCAACCCACUUCACCGCCUCAAACUGCGUCUGGCCAUCCAGGAGAUGGUGUCCCUCACCAGCCCCUCCGCCCCGGCCAGCACCCGCUCUUCGACCAGUAACGUGUGGAUGACCCACGCAGAGAUGGAGACCCUGAACGCAGCUACCAAGCCUCCGCUCAAAGAGUUCAGCUGGGAUCAGAUACUGGCCUACGGCGACAUGAAUCACGAGUGGGUGGGCAACGACUGGCUGCCCAGUCUGGGUCUGCCUCAGUACCGCAGCUACUUCAUGGAGUCCCUGGUGGACGCCCGCAUGUUGGACCACCUGACCAAGAAGGAGCUGAGAGGACAGCUCAAAAUGGUGGACAGCUUCCACAGGGUCAGUUUGCAUUACGGCAUCAUGUGCCUGAAGCGUCUCAACUACGACCGCAAGGAGCUGGAGAGGAGGAGAGAGGACAGCGUCCACCAGAACAAAGACGUGAUGGUGUGGUCCAAUGAGCGUGUGAUGUGCUGGGUGCAGACCAUCGGCCUGAAGGAGUACGGCGACAACCUACGCGAGAGCGGCGUCCACGGGGCUCAGCUGGCUUUAGACGACACCUUUGACUACACUGACCUGGCGCUGCUGCUGCAGAUCCCCAAUCCGAACACACAGGCCAGACAGCUCCUGGAGCAAGAGUACAACUCCCUCAUCUCCAUGGGAACCGAGAGACGACCCGAUGAGGACGGAGCGAAGACGUUCACCCGCUCGCCCUCCUGGAGGAAGAUGUUUAGGGAGAAAGACCUCCGGGGCGUGACCUCCGACUCCGCCGAGACCCUGCCUGCCAACUUCCGUGCCUCAGCCAUCUCCACGCCCUCCGUUACCCUGAGAAAGGUUCAGAGUGAUGCCAGCUCUGGUGCCCGGGGUGAAUCUGCCUCAGUGAGGACGUACUCCUGUUGAGGGGCUGAGGGUGCUGACUGACCGGAUUUGGGACUCGAGGACCCGCUCGCUCAUCCACAGAGAAAGAAGCAAUGAAUAUAACCAAUUUAACUUUAAAAAAAUAAAUAAAAAAUCUAUCGGUCUGACCAUUCUGCAAUAACAGAAGCAAAGGAAUGAAAGGGGGAAAAUGACAUGAAGAAUGUAUGAAUGUAUUUUCCGACCAGACCGGGGAAGGUUGAAUGGGAUCAGCUGUUUUCUCUCUCUGUCUCUCUCUCUUCCUGUCCUUCUGUCUUUGCUCUUCUCUCUCUCUCUCUCUCUCUCUCUCUCUCUCGGCGUGACUGUUGGGUUUAAUGAGGGACAACACCGGUGUUGGUUCGGUUUGUCUCGCAGAUCCCCCCCCUUCUCUCUUCAUUCCUGUCGGAGUCUGCACACAGUCAGCGGAGUUGGCAAUAUCAGGGCUCAUUUUCCUCCCUUCAGAGGAAACCACUACUCGCUGCCAUUUAUUCUCUUACAGUUUGAAAAAAGAACAACUAAACGUGUCGCCUUAUAACUUCUGCUCAACAACAGGUGUUUUUGAUGAGAGCCGGGGGCAGAAGUUCACCUCACCGUAAAGUUUGGAUUUAAGAAAAACAAGAGGAAAUGACUGGAAGGAUGUGAAAAAAUUGGGGGGAAAAUGGAAGUUAAUGGCGGUUAAACAACACCGGUGUUCUCCUGUCUGCUCAUGGUGUCCAGUGUCAGCCAUUGUGGCGCUAUUGUUGGCUUCUAUGGUCCCGUCAGGGGGGGAGUCCAAGUGUCCCCAAUUGGUCGGAGUGGUGUAGUAAAACAUGUCCAAGUUCAGACGUCCGACCACAUCAGAGCUACUCUCCUCAGGCUCUUUGUCUAUUGGCACCUUGAAAGCCGAUCUCCUUUGAAGGGACCCCAUUAUGGAGAUCAAAGGGUGGGAAAGGGUGGAGCGAAGGCCACAGAGGCAUUAUGCUCGUGAUGGAAGGGAAUCCAUAAAGUUUGUGUUGGUACCACUUUCUGAAAAGGCGUACUUUACAAGUUUAUUAGUCUGUAUGUCCUUUGCGUAUCUCCAGGGUUACAUCACACUUGGUGUUUGAUUUGCUGCAAACCCAUGGACUGCUUGGUUGAAUUUGGUGCAAUUUGGACACAAGACGUAUUCAAUAUUAAUAAACUUUAAGUGAACAACCGAACUCUGUUAAGCAGCGGGGGCGGAGCUUCAGGCCUCUGCAUGCUGGACUUGCUAACGUUAUAACUAACGGGCACUGCAUUAGUAACUUUUAAAGGAACACUGCAGAUUUUUUCAUAUUAAUUUCAGUUUAUUUGGCAUGAGGAGAACUAUUCCGCCUGUAAAAAACAGUUGUAUAAGGUCUUCUGUGGUGCUGGAGUAGAUUUAACAAAGACACAACUGAGUAGCAUUCAGGGAAAUGCAUGAUCCAGCUUUUUUUUUUUUAAUAACUUGACUCAUAUUUGGGACUAAAACGUCCCGGAUAUCUCGCCCUCUGAUGAUUGAAACUUUUCCGUUUUUCUUUUGUUUAUUGGAGUCUGCAAAAGGCAACACUAAAUCAUCUAUUAAUACCUUAUAGAUCAGUAAAAAACUCUGCAAAUAAAGAUCCAAGUUCCAAGUUGUGCAAAAUCAGUUUAGAUGGUGUUAGAUUUGUGUCCAAAGCUCAAACAUAUAUAUUACCUUCUGGAAAAAAGCUUACAAAGGUUUAUAACUGCAGACUUUGGUAGCUCAAGAUAAGGAACUUCGUGUAAAAAGUCUUCUGAAUUAAUAAUGAGACAUUAGAUCAGUUUAAGCAUUAUUAAAGACGUUUUCCACCUUAAAAUGUAUAUAUAAUAAUUAAUAUAUGUUAAUAAAUUGAUUAUAGAGCUAACUAAAAAGACAUUUCUCAAACCUGCAACCUAAAUGUAACUUUUAAUAAUACCGUAUCUUAUUACAGGCCUAUAAAUAACGUAUAUACAACGUAAAACAAGAUUAAAAUAGUUGAUCAUGUAGGGGAUUGUAAAGUAUGUCUAAUUAGAAAGUGGUACCAAAGUGUUGUAUAAUCAGAAAGUCAGGAAGCCGGUCAUUUUACUGCACACACAAGCCAUAACAGAAACCAAGAGCUCUCUGUCAGGAGGGGGGGAGACCAGAGAGUGAGGCAGGGAGAGAGGGUGAGGGAGGAAGUCCAGGAAACAAAACCUUUAGCCUCUGUGUUUACGAUGCAUGUCAAACAAACGACAAUGACCUAAAUACAUUUUUUUUGGUGGUGAAGAUGAUAUGAGGUGUCUUUAAAAACAUAAUAUAUAUCUGUAUGAUAAACCUACGGGGGUUGGGAGCCUGGGGAACAAUUUGUAAAAUGUGUGUAUUUUUUUCAGUUGUAUUUCUUAUUUUUUACGAUAUCUAUUUAUUUUUCUUUAGGUAUGUAUUGGAUAAAUGUAUGUACACGUUCUGUUCCUCCUUGGCUUCAUUUGAACUAGUUUUAAAAAGUAAAUAUGAAAACGGUCAUUCAAAUACGCUACUGUAUGUGUACAUUUUGAGAAACAAAUUGUGCAAUGAUUUAUCAGAUUUCCAUGAUUAAAGUGAUAGUAAUACAAAUUGAAAAAUAUCAUCUGGGAAAAUAAACAAUAUUGAUGAUGAAA